UCAUCGAGCAAUCGACAACAGAUACGACUACACUAUCGAUAUGGAGCGAGCUUUGCUAUUGUUCGCAGUAUUUUCAUGCGCUAUUGCAGCUGACAUAUACUUGUUAGAGACAUCAAAAUUGAAGAUAUUCCUACAAAACAACACAUAUGGAGGCUUCAAUGUUGUCACGGAGCUUAAAGGCAUAAGAGAUAUUGUAUCAGUUAUUGGACGGCACGCUGGAGAAAUAAUAAAUGUUGCUAGAAACGAAGACAUUGUUAUUACAUUUGAAAACAAGACAAGCGUAAGAAUAAGAACUAAGGAAAUAGAAGGCCUCAGAAAAGGGCAAUUGGUUACUUUUGACUGGGAAUCACCCAAAAAUUACCGUUUGGAAGACUGUGUUAAUUUAGGGCUUUAUCACUGGUAUGGUGGUCCUCAACAGAAGCGGCAGUUUUGGCCUAUAGAGCGAUUAGUACUCCACGACUACUCCUACGUGACUAAAGAGGCUGACAACUGUGCCAUUGCUGAACCGUACUGGCUCAACUCUAACGGCAUUUUUUUCUACUUCGACAAGAAAGUUCCACUUUUUAUUGAUCAAAACAAUGUCGACAAAAACGCGGCGUGUUUCAUAGCAGAUGUAAAACCUCCGUACUCAAAUAAACGAGAAACAAAUGAAUUAGUUUAUGCUCUGGGUAUUUUUAAUAACCCAAAAGAGGCGCAUGAGUUUGCUGUUGAAAAGUAUUUGAAGAAACCAACGGGAAUACCCGAUGAAAGUAUGAUUUCAUACCCAGUUUGGUCUACUUGGGCCCGCUAUAAAAAAACAGUCGAUCACGAUACUGUUAUUAGAUUUGCUGAUGAGAUAAUCAAACACGGUUUUAAAAGCAGUCACAUAGAAAUUGAUGAUCUUUGGGAAUCAUGCUACGGCUCGCAAGUUGUUGAUUCGAGAAAGUUUCCAGACCUGAAGAAUACAGUCGAAAGCUUAAAAUCCAAAGGGUUCAGGGUCACUAUUUGGUUACACCCAUUCGUAAAUAAGGGUUGUGAACCUUGGUAUUCAGAGGCGAAAGGAAAGGGUAACAUCAGAAUAUGGGUCUGUGGAAACCAGCUGGUGGAAUGACAACGGAACAACGACUGCGACUAUCGACUUCACGAACCCUGAAGCACGGACCUGGUACUCCGAGAGGGUCAGAAACUUGCAGCGUGAAUACGGAUUCGAUGGAUUUAAAUUUGAUGGCGGGGAGUCAAGCUGGU